UUCAAGUCUUUCAAUACCAGAUCCUCAGCAGACUGUUUUUAGUUGUGGAGUGCCCGCGACCCGCGAGACUUGUGAGAACAUACACCAAAGCUGGAACACCCUGAGCCCUGAGUGAUGCACAAGAGACACUCGACAGCCAUAAAAAUACAACUGCAGUGACAGUUUCUCCAGUUAAAUUAACAAAUAUUUAUUUUUAUUCGUGUUGACCGGUUUUCAUUUUUUUUAAAUUUAAAUCAGCUUUGGUGUCAAGUUUAUAAUUUAAUAAUUUAAUUUUGCUUUAAAGUUUAAAUAAAAAUUGGCUGUCAGAGUUUGGAAGACUGCUUGGAGUUGGUGACAGGUUUAAAAAAAAUAUAAAAUCAACUCGGUGCAGCCUUCAACUCCAAGGGCUCAUUACGGCUCUUGUGAUAGAGUAAUAACUCCAUUACUAUGCCGUUUAUCUCCAAGGACUGGCGUAGUCCUGGUGAAGAAUGGGUUAAAACCGUCGAGGGAUGGGAGAAGAAAAAAAUUCUCGAGUGUGCUAACAAUAAAACCCUGUCAUUAUUAAUACGAACCGAGAAAGAUGGAGACAAAGCUCGUGAGAAGGAAAAAGAAAAAGAGAAGAAAAAAGAAAAUGCCGUCCAACCUCACUGUCACAUUACCCUGAAGUGUACACGUGAGAUCGCCGGAUUCAACGGACUGAGUGAUGCACUCAAGAGACUGGACUUUUUGUCAGCGGUUCACGAUUGUCGACGUUUCAACUACAUCGUGCGGCUGUUGGAUCUGUUGGUCAGCCACACAAUGGGUGGUCUCAGUGGAUGCGCUCAGCGUGUGCUGUUCAAUAUGCUGGAAGAAGUUACUCUGGAGGUUUCUUGUUCGCAGCAGCAAACAGGAAGACUCCGUAGACUGAUUGAACGUGUCAGGGCUUUCAGCGCUAGCUGCUGCUGGGGCGGACGACCUCUGGGUUCAGUUGUCCUCUGGGAGAAACACAAGGCUGCUUUGGAUAGAAUACUGCAAAUAGCUUCAUCUAUCACGAUCACUCAGCCUGAUGAAGAGCAGCAUCCGCAGUGGUCUGAUCUUCCAGCAGAAUGCAGACGUGAAGUUCUUUUACGUUUGAGUGAUCCAAGAGACAUCGAGGCUUCGUCAGAAGCUUGUGAGCAUCUGGCAGCACUCGCACAGGAGCAAAGAAUUUGGCGAGAGCUUGCUCAGUAUCACUUUACUCCUCAGCAAAUAGCCACGACCAUGCAAAACAACCCAGGAAAAGAUUGGAAGACUUUAUUCACUAUUGCACGAAGGUCUUUCGGAUUACGUGAAGAGUACGCGGAAAUGAUUCAACUCUGUCGGAAUUGCCGCUGUCUCUUUUGGCGCUCACUUGGUCAUCCUUGUAUUGCUGAUCAAGAUCCGGCAUUUCAAGAAAAACUUGCUGAUGUCGAUCAAUCAUCUCUUCAUGUUCCAAUACCACCGCAAACUUUUCUCAAGUUCUUCUCUCUGUGAAAAUAAUUAUAAUUAAAACUAAUUAAUGAUUAUAAUCAUGAGAGAUGAAAAAAUUAUAUAAAAAAAUAAUAAAAAUUAUUAAGUAUAAAAAUACGUUAAAAAAUAAAUAAAUAAAUAUAUAUGCAUAUAUAUAUAUAUAUAUAUAUAUAUAUAUAUAUAUAUAUAUAUAUUUAUGAUAUAUGCAUGUAUAUGUAUAUAUUUUAAAUGAUAGUGAAUUCAGUCUCUAGAAAUAUCUAUUGUUGGCCGUUAAAUAAAUAAACUUUUAUUGUAAUUUGCUCUUUAAAGUAUUAAAAGUCAAAAUUUCGUAAUAAUUUUUGACAUUUGCGCUAUAGAAAAAUGAAAUAGUAUAAUAUAUAUAUACAUAUAAAUAUAAAUAAUAUUUAUUUUGUGGAAAAUACAGAGUUUAAUUAUUAUAGAAAGUCUGGUAAUAUAAUCAUACGUCCGCGAAAAUAAAAUAUUUAUAAUUGAUUAUAAUUACAUAACUAAUGAAUUAAUUAAUCAUCGAAAUCACGACGAAUGUAUACAAUUUUUAAUUAUUAUAAUAGACAUGCUCGUCAAACGACUGUCUUACGAAACAUAUUUUAUCUAAUAAUUAUUUAACGUCCAUUGAAGAUCUCUUCCAAGAAAAAAAUUUAAAUUUAUCGCGUUUUUUUCUUUUUUAUAUUAUAAUUUUUUAAAUAUUAUUUUUAUUAUUACUGAUGACUAAUUGGUCUUGAAGACAAUUAAUCAUCUAACUAGUAGUAUUUCGUGUUUUGUGAUGCCUCUAGGUGCUUUUGGUAGCUCUAUUAUUAUUGUUAUUACUAUAUAAGUUGUUAUAAUUUUUUUUACUUAAAGUGUACUAACACUUGGCACUAUUUACACAUCGUAACAAACCAAUGCUGUGUUCUCACCAUCGUUUAUUAUUUUUUAAUUGACAAAAUAACUUUUUACUUCAUCAAAUGAAAUAUAAUUAUCAUAUCUACAUGUAAAUACAUAUAAUAUAUAUAUAUAUAUAUAUAUAUAUAUAUAUAUAU